GUGGUGGACAUACACUGAACGGAUGAGAGGGACCACAGAGCCGGGGGGGUGGUAAUAUCUGCAUAGAGCAUAUGUCAUCGUGUGUUUAUUGAGAAUAAGCCAAGCGAACGAGCAUGCCGGCGAGCGCGCACACACAAAGCAAGGAGCUGCUUACGUUUGGCUUAACCAUGGUCCGACAUGGGGAGACCCAGUACAACAAGGACAGGCUGCUACAAGGUCAGGGGAUAGACACCCCCCUCUCUGAGACAGGCAGGCAGCAGUCUGGGGCAGCGGGGCUGUACCUCAGGGACCUGAAGUUCACCAACGUGUUCGUCAGCAACAUGCAGAGAGCUCGACAGACGGCUGACAUCAUUGUGAAGAACAACGCUCACUGCUCGGGCCUGGAGAUCGUUGUGGACCCCCAGCUGAAGGAGAGGAGUUUCGGGAUCGCUGAAGGGGGGCCGGUGCAGUGCAUGAAGGACAUGGCCAAAGCUGCGGGGCAGGCCUGCGGGGACUUCACCCCCCCACAGGGGGAGACCCCCGAACAGGUGAGAGAGCGAAUCAGAGGCUUCCUCAGUUCCAUGUUCCAGCGAAUGGCGGCCGACCACUGCGGUGACGGACAGCCGGAGCCCAGGGGGAGGAGCCAGGCGGCGCUGGACGCCGCCGCCGACGACACGCCCCUCCCCGGUCGCCCCGACGACGGGCUGAGUGACGUGGGGGCCCACGCGCUGGUGGUGGGCCACGGGGCCUACAUCAGCCUGGUGGUGCGCCACCUGGUGGAGGAGCUGCAGUGCUCCCUGCCCGGCGGGCUGAAGGCCUCGCACUCCUUCUCCUCCUGCCCCAACACGGGCCUGUGCCGCUUCCUCCUCACCCUGCGCGCCGGGGAGCGGGGCCCCGAGCCGGGCCACGUCCGCUGCGUCUUCCUCAACCGCCGGGACCACCUGAAGAGCAGCAAGGAGCACAAGUGAGAGAGAGAGGGGGGGGGGGGGGGGGGGCGGCCCGUGAGGUGCGUGACUGGGACCCGGAAGGUUGCUGGUUCAAGCCCCCCCGGGGUGUAGCCACGAUACGAUCCGCACCGCUGUUGGGGCCCUUGAGCAAGGCCCUUAACCGCCACAUUGCUCCAGGGGGGGAUUGUCCCCUGCUUAGUCUAAUCAACUGUAAGUCGCUUUGGAUGAAAGCGUCAGCGAAGUAACUGUAAUGUAAUGUGAUGGUUUGAGCACACAGGGGGACAGUGCCCUGUGAACUACGUAUCCUUAUUCCGUAUUUAUUCAUUCAUGUAUUUUAUUUAUGUAUUUAUUUACUCUCAGAUAUAAAGUGACAGUGGAGGUACAUUCUUGUUCUUCAAGGAUCAGAUUUCCCAAAUGUACCCUGAAAGUACAGUCAUGUUCUCUUUGGGUACAAAUUAGUAUGGUUUCCCAGCACAAAAGUUACAAGUGAAUUUUACAUUGCUGGCUUGGGGUACUGCCCCAGGGGUGGGGGACAACCAUUUGUACCUUUUCUCUGUUCCUUUAUCUCUGAGAGCGUUUCACAGAUGCCUACGUCCAGGUGAAUUGGUGAAAUUAGACCUUGGAAAUUGAAGUUCAAUGCGUGAUAAAGUGCACCUUAUGAAGAGAGAACGCAGCGAUGGUUUCGACACACGGACCAGGUUCAGGCUUGCUUCUGGGGCCGAGCAGUGAUUGGCCCAAUCAAGGCGGAGCUGCUGAAUAGCAAUAAUGUGCGAUUGGACAGAAAUCGGUCAUUUCCAUCAUGUGACCUGUCUUAUUUUUUUAGCCCUGCUGAAUAAGGACUCCUGUACAGCCAGGAAUAUACAUUUCAGUAUUAAUAUUAAAUAUUAAAAGCGGUAUUAAUAUUGACGUUUGUUAUACAGGGUUACAAAGCUCUUUGUAAUCCAUGAGAAAGCAUGAAAUGCUAUUCAUCAUUCGAUUCAAAGGCGGUUGCACAUUUGGCUGAAUCAGAUAGUCGGCGAAAACAUCAGAUCUGAGAGGCAAAGGUUGAGUAAAUACGAGCGCUGUGAUUGGUCAGCGAAGCGGUGAGGCUUGCAGUCUGACAUGACAACAUGUCAUGUUGUACACGCGCAGCGCACUGAUAUGCAAGGAGAUAUUUUAUCAUGCAUGAUUUAAAAAAAAGAAAUAAUGUCAAAUAAAUAUUACAGGUGCUGCAAUCAAAAAAAGAUUACAGGUGUCCUUCUGUUGAUGCUGCUAUAUUGAACACAGAAGCCGGGCGUCUUUAGUGACUGAUUGAAUGUAGAGUUUCGCUUCUCGGUGGGCAAAUGUCAGUGUCUUCACGAUAUUGGACGGAUAACGGAUCCUCGAUAUUACCUCAUACAUAUUCAGCGAUACCAGGGGACUUUAUGGCAUGUUUUUAAAUUAUUCUAGAGUUUAUUUACUGAGCUCAUACCCUUCAUGUGAAGACCGCCAAGGAUGCAUGUGCACUGGGUAUUGCCUAAAGCUCUCUGGGAUUCUGUCCGCUAAAGCGACCCACUCACUGUCACACACUCUCCCAGUUCCGUCACCCUGAAAGCUUCUGGGGAAAUCCGUCAAUAAACCAGGAACGGUGGAAGGUAAUCACGGUGACGUUCAUUUUACACUCCAUCCUUUCCUGAGGAGCAGGGUGUUGUGUGUGUGGGGCUUUUCUUUUUCUGUCAUUAAUACUUUACAAACACAAACUCUUGUAAUGUUUUCGGGUUUUCUGCCUUGUUGUACUUCAUGAAUGUCACACUCGGUAAAACUCUCUCCGGUAAAUAAAACGAGCUCGGUGGAGUAUUUGUUUUGAAA